AUGGCUCCCGAAGUAUUUACUAUUCCAACUUUGCCAGUGGACAGCCACACAAUUGCUAAGCAGGAAGAAAUCAAUAAGUGGCCACAUCUUGAUGGUGUUCAGGUGACAAAUAUUAAUGAAGAAGUUGGACUAUUGAUUGGCACUAACAUUCCAGAACUGCAUCAACCCCUUGAGGUCAAAACAUCAACUAAUGGUGGCCCCUAUGCUACACGAACAUUGUGUGGUUGGGUCGUCAAUGGUCCAUUAUAUAUAGGCCAACAAGAGAACAUGUGUAAUUUCAUUAACUCCAAUAGGCAAUGCCUAGAGUAUCCUUCUCUUGAUGAACAAUUUAAAACAUUUUGUAACAUUGACUUCAAUGACACUAAUAUAGGAAAAACUGUGAUGUCUCGUGAUGACUUGAAGGCUAUCAACAUCAUGAAACGAUCAAUUUGCUUCGAAGAUGGUCAUUAUCAAGUAGCUAUGCCAUGGAAGACAGAUCCUCAAGUGCUACCCAACAACAAGUCAAUGGCCUUGAAAAGGCUGAAUUCUCUCAAGGUUCGACUUGAGAAAGACGACAUUCUAAAGGUGAAGUACACUAAGUUCAUGGAAGGCUUAGUCCAGGACGGCUAUGCUAGAAAGGUGUGUUCCGCUGUAGGCCAUGAAUCAAGGUGGUUUCUACCACAUCACCCAGUCAUACAUCCUCAAAAGCCGGAGAAGGUGCGUAUAGUAUUUGACUGCUCAGCAAAAUACAAAGAUGUUUGCCUCAAUGACCUUCUUCUACAGGGGCCGGACUUAACCAGUUCCCUAAUGGGUGUGUUGAUGCGGUUUCGCCUCAGUCAAGUUGCCUUCUCGGCUGAUGUUGAGAAAAUGUUCUACCAAGUUAGAGUGCCUGAAACUGACUCCCACUACCUAACUUACCUUUGGUGGGAAAAUGGUAAUCUGAAUAAUUCUCCACAAGAAUAUCAAAUGCGGGUACAUCUUUUUGGUGGACGAUCGUCACCAAGUUGUGCCAAUUUUGCCCUUAGAAAUGUGGCAAAGGACCGUGCAGGAGAACAUGAGCAGAAUAUCACUAAUACUAUUGAAAACAACUUUUACGUUGACGACUGUCUCAAGUCUUUAGAUAGUGAAGAUGAGGCGAUUAGCACUGCUCUAAAUCUUAAGCAUCUGCUUGCAAAGGGUGGUUUCAACCUGACCAAGUGGAGUUCAAAUUCCGAUAAAUCAAAGGAUCUAUCAUCUCUGGGAGGUGGUGACUUGCAACGGGCUCUCGGAGUCCAGUGGUUCAUCAAGGAAGACAGUCUUGGCUAUGUUAUCUCUCCAAAAACCAAACCCAGUACACGCAGAGGUAUCUUGUCAGUGGUAGCUUCGGUGUAUGAUCCAUUGGGAUUGGUAUCUCCAUUUAUACUGAAGGCAAAAUUUCUGCUUCGAGAACUGUGCUUACUUAAUUGUAAAUGGGACCAAGACAUUCCUAAGAAAAUCGAGAUUGAGUGGAACAAAUGGCUGUCUGACUUGAGCCAUCUGACAACAUUGAGAAUUCGGCGUAGUUAUAAAGAGCCGAAACUUGGAGCGGUUGUGUAUCGAGAACUACAUCACUUUGGUGAUGCAUCAUCAACGGGUUAUGGUGCUGUUUCCUAUCUUUGUCAGAAGGACGCAGAAGGUAUAUUCAGUUGUGCGCUUGUCGCAGCGAAGUCUCGCCUUGCCCCCAUGAAAAUGCAGACGAUCCCAAGAAUGGAGCUCCAGGCUGCAGUCUUAGCAUGUCGCUUGGACCAGAUGAUUCGCGACGAACUUCAGGAGAUCAAGAUCGAUAAAUCUAUUCUAUGGACGGACAGCACAUGCGUCUUACGAUACAUAAAUAAUGAAACAACACGCUUCAAAACGUUUGUGGGCAAUCGCAUUGCAACUAUCUUGUCUCAUGUACUAGCAAGGAUCAAUGGCACUACAUUCCUUCAAUGCAGAACCCAGCAGAUCUUGCUUCUCAUGGGAUGA